CCUCUCUGCAAAAAGCUAAACUCUCCAGUUUUUCCCUCUGGUUUUAGAGAGAGAGAAAAAAUGCUGUGGUUUCUGAGAUAGUUUUCGGGAUUUCUUGCUAUAUGUUUUCUGUUUUCUAGAUUUUGUUCUGAAUUAUUCAUCUCCAGGGAACGAAAGGUUCGGGUGGAUUUGGGAUUUGAAAAGCUGAGCUAUGGGAAACAGUGAAGAAGGGAAGUCCUCUAAGUCUGAAAAAUCGUCCUCGCCUGCACCACCUGAUCAGACAAAUGUUCAUGUUUAUCCUGAUUGGGCAGCAAUGCAGGCAUAUUAUGGUCCUCGGAUGACCAUGCCACCAUAUUACAAUUCACCAGUGGCAUCUGGUCAUACUCCUCCCCCCUAUAUGUGGGGUCCACAGCCUAUGAUGCCACCUUAUGGGGCUCCUUAUGCUGCAAUCUACUCACAUGGUGGAGUUUAUGCACAUCCAGCGGUACCUCUGGGAUCACACCCUCAUGGUCAUAGUGUUCCAUCAUCACCUGCAGCUGCAACACCUUUAGGUGUAGAAACACCUUCAAAGUCAGGGAAUACAGAUCGAGGUUUAAUGAAGAAGUUGAAAGGGUUUGAUGGUCUUGCAAUGUCCAUAGGCAAUGGUACCACUGAGAAUGCUGCAGGUGGGACUGAACACAGACUAUCACAGAGUGGGGAGACUGAAGGCUCAAGUGAUGGAAGUGAUGGGAAUACAACUGGGACUGAUCAAACGAGAAGGAAAAGAAGCCGGGAGGGAACACCAACCAUCGGCAAUGGAAAAAAGGAGGGAAAGCCCAAACCAAUUCCUCCUGGUGAGGCAACUGCAGCUUCAGAUAAGGUGAUGAAUGCAACCGCCUCUCCUGUUAAGUCCAUUGCACCUGGAGUUUCUCCCGGAAUGACCACCGCAUUGGAGCUUAGGAACCCCCCCAGUCCUACCAGUGUUCCUCAACCUUGUUCUAUUUUGCCUCCUGAAGUUUGGAUGCAGAAUGAACGGGAAAUGAAGCGGGAGAGGAGGAAACAGUCUAAUCGAGAAUCGGCUAGAAGAUCAAGGUUGAGGAAACAGGCUGAGACUGAAGAACUUGCACGCAAGGUUGAAUCCCUGAAUACUGAGAACAGGGCACUCAUAUCUGAAAUAAAUCAAAUGACAGAGAAAUCAGAGAAACUUAGACUAGAAAAUACUACGUUAGCGGAGAAACUGAAAAAUGCUCAAUUAGGACACACAAAAGACAUCAUUUUGAAGAAUGUCGAUGAUCAGACAAGGGCUCCACCUGUUAGCACAGAGAAUCUGCUCUCUAGGGUUUCCAAUUCAGGCUCUGUUGAUGAAAACAUCAAUGAAGAGGGUGAGAUGUAUGAUAAGAACUCCAACUCAGGUAACAAGUUGCAUCAACUCCUGGAUACGAGUCCCAGGGCUGAUGCGGUUGCUGCUGGCUGAUUAAGAAACUAGUUUAAUUAAGGUAUUCUUUUAUGUUGAAUUUUAAGUUGUUGUCUGCAUUCAGUUCCUCUCUUGAUUCUUAAUCAAAGUUGUCUUUGGUUUGCUUCAUUGUUUCUGUCUAAAAAAAAAAAAAAAAAAGGAGUACAGAGUUAAAGCAGAUUGCUUCUUCUGAACAAAGGGUUCCUUUCAAGUCUCUGCAUUCUCUUUGCUUUUCAGACAUUGCUUCAGUCAUUUCAGUUUGAAGUUUUAGUUCAACAGGAACCUGUUUCUUGGAUACUCCUAUGACAUAAUGUCUUGUUUUGUCUCACUUUUAGCUGUUUUAUGAAUUUCUUCUUGAAUUUCAAUUUCACCUAAAGUAAACAACUGACUUUCCU